AUGAGGGAUGUUGGUAGGAAUUUCAGCCCAACCAGUAAUAGUGGAAGAAAUCAAGUAAAGGGCCAGAAGUUAUACAAGUCACAACCGACAAGAUCAUGGUCAUCCAACAAUGGCUCAAGACUGCCCAAAGCCGCCAAAGAGUUAUGCAGUUUGCAGAGAAGAGAUCAAGAGUUUGAUGUUGGAGAUCAUGUGUUCUUGAAGGUAACUCUAAUGAAAGGACAGUCUCACUUCGGAAAGACAGGAAAGUUGGCACCCCGCUACAUUGGACCUUUUCAAAUCUUGGAGAAAACCGGACUAGUGGCUUACCGUUUAGCACUACCAUCAAGAAUGGAACAAAUUCACAAUGUGUUCCGUAUUUCUAUAUUGAGAGGUUAUGUCCGGGAUCCUUUCCAUAUCAUUGACUAUCACCAAUUAGCUAUUGAUGAGAACUUUGAAUAUGAAGAGCAACUAAUUCAGAUUGUCAACUGCCAAGUCAAGCAAUUGAGAAACAAACUCAUACCGUUAGUGAAAGUUGAAUGGAAAGAUCAUUAUGUGCCAGGGGCCACAUGGAAAAGAGAGAAUGAGAUAAAGAAAAGGUAUAUGAAUUUAUGUCCUUGGUAA